AUGGUGGAAGACAUGAAAGGUAAAAUCAGAUUGUUUUGUCGGAUUCGACCAGUGAACUGAACAGAGGUUGCGCUGGGUGGAACCACUGUUGUGGAGAAAAUAGAUGAUUACUCUGUCACCGUGGAAACACCUCGCGGACCGAGGGAGUUUCAGUUUGACAUGGUGUUCGGUGCUGAAGCCUCUCAGGAAGACUUGUUUCAUGACACCAACAGGCUGAUCCAGUCAGCUAUCGAUGGUUACAACAUCUGUAUCUUUGCAUAUGGCCAGACGGGUUCAGGGAAGACCUUCACCAUGGUGGGGGACAAGGAACAGAAGAUUAUGCCAAGAUCUUUUUAUGCUAUAUUUGAUAUCAUACAUGAGAGUAGCACCAAAUUUGACUUCAAGGUCUCAGCCUAUAUGCUGGAGCUGUACAGUGACAGGCUGCAGGACCUCUUUGUGAGCCCGGCUAGUGAGGCCCAUGCACAGCCCCAGUCCCAUGGCCAGGCCAGGCGGGUGGAGAUCAAGAGGAACAGAAAAGGGGUUGUGUUUGCCAAAGGAGCAGAGACAAAAGAGGCCUCUAGUGCCCAGGAGCUCUACGCUCUGUUCCAGCAGGCCUGCGCCAACAGACACAUCUCUGCUACCAAGAUGAAUGUGGAGAGUUCCCGCUCCCAUCUCAUUGUUUGCAUCAUGAUGGAGAGCAGGAGUCUGACCAAUGGGAGUGUGAGCAUCGGGAAGCUGAGCCUCGUGGACCUGGCAGGCAGUGAGAGAGCAGCCAAGACUGGUGCCAAGGACCACCAGCUAAAGGAGGCUAACUCCAUUAACAAGUCUCUGAGUGCCAUGGGUGAUGUGAUCUCAGCCUUGUCUGCCCAUGUGCCAUACAGGAAUAGCAAGCUGACACAGCUCAGCCAAAUGUGACUUGUGAAUUUCAUGCAGGACUCCCUGGGUGGAAAUGCCAAAACCCUCAUGGUCGUGAACAUCUCUCCUUCAGAAUGCAACCUUGAUGAGACGCUCACAUCUCUCAUUUACGCAACAAGAGUGAAGGCCAUAACCAACAAUGCCCAGAGACAUGUGGAAAGCAAAGAGAUUGCCCAGCUGAAAGAGGUGAUCAUGAAGCUGAGGUCAGGACAAACAGUGGAAGAGGAGGACAUUUGA